AUGGACGGCAAGAGCGGAGGACAAGGGCGAUUACUAAGUCACUGGAGCUGGAGCUGGACCUCGACGCCGUGGCAAGCGUGCGUGCUGUCCCGCUCCGCUCCCGGUCUUGGCACCAACAGGAGCAGCAACGCGUCGAUCGCCGUCGCCGACCCUGUCUCUGCCGCCCUGUCCAGCUCAACCUCGACCGCGAACGACAUUGAGCUCCAGCCCUGGCGUUCGACCUCUGCGUCGUCAUUGACCUCCAAAGAGAGCCAGUUGACGCCAUUCGCCAACCUGCGAUCGAGACCCCACAUCCACACCCGCACCAGCUCCGUCACCAGUCUUUGCUCAACCUCGAGCACCUCGACCACCACCAGCAACACCAGCACCUCUUCCGUCAAGAGCCAGGAAGCCCACCCAUCGUUUCGCUCCCACCCCCACACAAUGGCGACCCCCGGUGCCCGCAAGGUCCGCGCCGGCGUCAUCGCCGCCUGUUUCGCCGCCGUUGUCUUCACCGGCGCCAUCUACGGUGCCGGCAUCAAGACGCAGCAAGAAUGGACAGAGAAGCGCGGCCAGUUCCGCCAGUCCCCCCUCAGCGAACAAAUCUCCGUCCUCGAGUCCCAGCGGCAGGGCCUCGUCGAGCAACGCGCCACCCUGACGAACAAGCUCGCCGCGUUUGAGGCCAGGGUCCGCGAAAGAGACGCCAAGGCUGCGAAGGAGGCGUCCGAGGCGGCAAGAUAG